AUGACCACUCACAAGCCCCAGCUACCGUUCAUCUCUACAUUGCCGACUGGGGACGAAGUGAGAGACCACACCCCGUUCCAGUCCCCGCAUGCAGCCGCCACGGCGGUUGCCUCGGACAGCAGUACGGUGGCCAGCCUCAAACAUCAGCUGGUUCAAUCCCAAGCCCAAGUCGCGCGCUGCAAGCUCCACAUCUACACCCUCGAGGCCGAGUCAGACUGUCUGCAUACCCUCUUUGAUAUCCAGACAGUGUCGCUUCACCUCGACCGCGCGACGCGUCUCCUCGGUGCCUUCAACGGACUCAACGGUGGCAACGGCCACACGGCGCAUGCCCCGAGUACCGCCACUGCUUCUAGCAGCACCACCGCCGCCGACUCCGUGGACACGCCGCGGAUACGCCGCCAACGCGCCGAACUCCAUCUCCGUCUGCGCGAACUGGAAGGGUGGACUCUCAAGCUGCGUAACCGGUCGGUGGCGCUGCGCGAGCGCAAGGCCGCACACACGAGCCGGCCGCUCCCGCCCAUGGAGGUGCUGUACCCGCUCUCCCCGGCUGUGACCGCCGAGCAGCCUGCGACGGCCGACGCUGCGGUACCGGGCACGUCCACGACGACGCGCACGUACGCCACCACACUGGAGGACGCGGCGCUCGCGGCGGAACACUAUGGGAUCCAAGUGGACCGCCUGGGGCGCCUGAACACGACGUUGGAGGAGCGCCGGGGCGACAUUGAGGUGUUGCUGCAGCAACAGAGGGGCAUGGCCGGUACGCUCCGCGAGGUGCUCAGGCAGAUUGAGCACAAGUAUGGAGACCGCCUCGACCUGUCCGCCGCGCAAGCCGACGAGGACAUGAGCCGGGUGGCCAAGGAGGAGAUGGAGAGUUUCCGGACCCAGUGGGCGAGAGAGGUGGGUGUCACUGUAGUACCUGGUGUCCACGCUGCAGAGGCGCUGGACGUGGAGAGGGAGAGCAAGCGUGCUAAGACGGAGGGUAUGGAGGUGGAGGAGGAGCAGCAAGAUGAAGAGGAGGAGGCCGAGGACUAUGGCGACGAGUGA